AUGAGCGCGCAGCAUCUCGAUAUAGAGCAGUCGCCUGCCACGAAUGAGCAAGCCACCUCGGCCUCACUUUCGCCGCCGCGCCGCGACCCUGAGCCGGACGCAGACGACAACUUUACCCGUAAACGCCAGCGACUAGGUGGCGGCGGCGCUGUCUUGCGCGCAAUUUCGACCGACCCUGAAUCGCCAAACAAAGUAAUCACGUCGCCGCACGAAGAGAUGGUUGCCAUGACCAUACGGGAGCACUCGCCCCCGUCUCCUUCACAUGCUCCAGACGAGGUGCGCGAUUGCAUUUCCACCGGACCUCACCCCGACCGAGAAACAACACCGAACAGGUUGCCUAUCAUGCUAGAUGGUGCAAGGGACGAUUACACAAGUCCGCCUGUUAUCGAGAUUAUCGACGACGACGAUGACGACCUGUCCAUGAUCGCUUCAGUGCAGCUCAAUGCUGAGGACUACUUCAGGCAGUUCCCUUACAGCGAUCGCUUUAGGGGAGCAUUGAACGCGGUCCGUGGAAUCACCGAACAUGUGCAGAAGAACCAGGACAUUCCCCACGACCUCCUCCCAUCCCUGGCCCAAUGGCUGCUCGGCCUUCCUGACGACACUUCGACCCACCUACAAAACUUCUAUCUGGACAAAGCGCAUUUCUGGAUCGAGUUCGCGGACCUGGUUGAGAAGCUGCUCAAGCGGAGGUACCAAUGGAUUACUGCUUGCAAUAAUGGCCAAGAUGAUGACGUGAGCAGGUAUCCCUUUGGCGACAGUUUUGGCGACGAUUCAUCAGUAGACGAGAUCUUCUCCGGAUUCUUCAUCGCUUACAUGCAACUUUGCUCCCAAUUGUUCCUCGUCGACGUACAUCUCUUCAAUCAGCCACGCUCCGGGGAACAGUUCUCGUCGGCGCUUUUAAGCGAGAGACAUCUGUAUCAGCUUCAAACGCUUCUUCGCACCGAGAAUGCCCCGCUGCUGAAUUUGCUGCGAAGGGAGUACGGUGUCGAUGUACGCGACGUGAACAAUCGCCUGAAUGUCGCCUUCCUCGCGGCGGACGGUGCUCAGAACUUGUUGAAAUUCGCCGAUGAAGCCUUCCGCACAGUGCCGACCCUCUUGCAAAAUCAUAUCGCUCUGAGUACGGGCCAAGUCCUCAGUACACUAGGCUGGACCAUUUGUCGAUUUCCAUCCGCUUGUGGUAGAAUUGCACCUGCAGAUUACUACCGCGGGACGUUGCUAUUCUUCCGCAAAUACUCAGAGGACAUCCGGGACCCAGCAAACGUUGCCGAUGCCGUUGUCGCAAAAGACUUGAUCGUGUGUCUCUCCACCCUCGUUCAAGAUAUCAGCCAUUGGGACGAAUGUAGCGCGAGCAGUCUGGCGGACGAGCUGUUGAAUUCACAUACCCCUGACUCGCCGACAACUUCUUCGCUUGCGGAGGUGCCGAUUGAUGUGUCAACGAGCACAGAGGUCACCGACUAUCGCCAGUACACUGACAUCCUGCCUUUCCUAAUUGAAAACAGCUGGAAAUUCAACCUGCUGCGCAAGUACAUUGUUAAAGGUAGAAUGGAACUGCGUGUCAUGAGCAUCACCUUCAUGGACGAUGCACUGCUCAACCUGUACUCACACUACACGUCUUCUGACAUGACCGAAAAGUACUCUCCAGAUAAACACCCUGUCUUGCGACAUCUGGCCGAUGUUCUCCUUCGGGGGAGAGUGGUGGACUACAUCAUUAGUGUGGACUCGCAUCCGCAGCUGAUCAUUCGAAGCGGCAAUAUUCCAGGUUUCCUGGUCGUCACCGACCGAUGGGAGGACAGCCAAACUGAUGCUAUCUGGGGUACUGUGGCUAACAGUCCGGACCCACGCGUAAUCGCGGCCACCAUCACCAUGCUACUCAAAUUUCUUCACUUAAUGAAAGUUACCGACAUUCUUUACCUGGGGCAGAAGCUUCACGACUUACCUAUUGAGAGCUUCACACCAGAAAUUUUAGGCUUUUUGGAACAGGUCACCAAGAAGCUUUUGGGUCACAUGGUAUCAGAUGAUUGGAAAUUGAGAGGCGAUACGGCACGGCCUUGGAGUGUUUGUGUCAGGUUGCUACAAGAUACUGCACCGAGGAACGGUGCGACCAAGCACGACCUGGACAUUCACGUACGCGUCAUGGGUCAGCUGCAUGCCUUGGCUCCAUCAAUCCCAGACCCUGAUCGGGAUUCCAUCUUUCUACAGUGCAUGGAGCACAUCAUCGCACGAUCUUCCGCAGCUACUGGGUCGGUGAAGGUCAUCUGCAUUGUGGGCUCAUCAGGAAAUAUCACGUCUCUACAGCAGAACGAGGAACUGGUGCACCAGGUUUUGGAGGAGAUCUCACUGUUUGUCGGGGCAGAAGCCAGAAAUGACCCGCACCUUCACCAGUUAUCAGCCUUGCAAUACAGGCUUGAACUCUUUGCAUUUCUGGCUUAUAGAGCUGGCCAGCUCGUUCCCAGAAGUCUUUACACAGACUUGUCGGAUCACAUCGUCGGGCCGCAGGCAUUGUCAAACCAUGCCCGCGACGCGGCAUGGACGCAUCUCAUACACGUCAUCAAGACUUCACCGGACAGCGACUUCUGCCUUCAGCUGAUCUCUGCGUACAUACCCAACAUGGAACCACAGUACUUCACGUCUGGCCUAUACGAGUUUGUGGCCAAUUACAACUUCCCUUUGACGCGUAAAACCUUCCAAAUUGAAGAUGUGGAACACGAGCUUCUGCAGAUCCCCGGUGGCGAGCUUCUCUGGUCGUUGGCUCUAUCGAGUCCUCCCGGUACUAUUGAAGACUACGCAGCCCAUGAACUCGCUUCGCGAUACGUACAAGUUGCUCAACGUCGAGGUGUCACUUUGCCAGAGGUGGAAUUCGCGCAUUGCGAGUUGGUCGAGCGCUGCAUGAAAGAGUUGAGAUCUGCCUUCGCGAAAAUACGCGAGGAGCACGACGGAACUGAACAGGACGGUAAGCUCCGAUUCUGUCGCGUCCUGUUGUUCCAAAAACAGCUACUCGAGUUGGUACGGCAAAGGCCCGAAUUCAACCGUGCACGUAGGGCAGACUCAAAGGUCGAGUCGAUGGACAUUGGCACUCCGUCCGCAAAUGCCAUUACUUUCAGGUAUCAGUUCGGUGACGAGCGGAAGACAAUGGAUGUCUCUCCGGACCGCACAAUUGCUGACCUGUAUCACCUUCUGUGUCGUGCAACCGAGUGUGUCAAGAUCAAAGUAUUUGCUGAAGGCCGAAAGCUGGACGUAGCUCAGCAUGCGGGUCAGAAUGUAGCUGAUGCCAAUAUCAGCGGACACCUCCUCGUGCAGCCGAUCCAAAGGGACGAGUCCUCCAAGGCUGUGAGUGCACCAGUCGCAGGCUUCUCUGAGUUCGAGACAAGCCUAGUCAAGCAUUUUGACGAGAUGUACGAAUGGAUGGAUGCGGAUGAUGCAACGAGCCAGCUGCUUUUCGGAUUCCUGACACAGUUUCCGUACCGCAGCACCAUCACCAAUAAUGUGGCCGCCGGUGAGGCUACAGUGGAGAGUCUAUUCCCACCUGGCAAGUUUUUUCAGGCAAAAUACGCUGCACAGGCUAUACACAGCCGGCUCAAAGAUCAGCUACGAAGUUCAAAUCUAGAUGAAGCGUUCUUACUCAACGCGAUCAAGCUCCUCGACCGUUCACUACUUAGCGAAGAACUAUUUGGGACUGACGCGUCUGUGGUUGACAUGGUGCCUCUCGUGGGCGUCUUUAUCAGCGCCAUGUUGGAUUUCCUUAGAGAGCGUCCGUCAUCCGAUCUUUUGAAAGACUAUUUCUCCGAUGCGCCCGCCCUGGCGAGACGGCUAACGCGCAUCCUUGCAACCGCAAUACACGCGACCAAUGCUGCGAAGAUCGUGCAAGAAUGCUAUGCAACCAUUCUCGAAGCCUCGUUGUGCUGUCCACUGGUAUGGCAGACGUUCUGGGAGCACCCCGAAGUGGCUCAGAUCCAUCGAACGCUGCUGUUGACUGAUCAGCGCGAAGACUUGCGUGAGUAUAUCAAGCUGAAGGCUCUCUCAGUCUGUGGCGGGCAUCUUCCCUCGUCAUGUUCGCUUGUCCCAGGCGAGAUCGCUUCGCGCUACUGGAGCGUUAUUGCAAGCAUUUUGCCCGAUGCUUCGCAGGCCUCUGAGCAGUCGACGCAACUUUUCGAGCUCGCCCAGCAUGUGUUCCGCGUCUACGAUGAGCAUUACCGCAGCGAAGACAACCUACGGGCGCUCCUUCAUAGUUGGAGUUCCUUGCUGUUGGCACACAAUCAUUCCGAGAUUCCUGGUCGAUACGAAGCCGACAACGUAGUCAUGGGCUUUACGAAGCUACUUCUGUGCCUCCUUCCCUCGCUGAAGUCGUACAAAAAUUCCUUGAACGCUGGCGCGCUCAUCUCAUCUGUAUUUCACAGGUUCCUCUUUAACAGCGCAGCGCCACUUGCACUUGCCCCGCCGGCAUAUGGCUCGACGUCCGCCCUACUUCCUGUUCUCGACAGCAACGUCAGACGGGAACUCUACGACCUGAUGCUAGCUCUAGCGGAUGAUGGACCUUCCUACAAGCGCUUACUUCGACUUUGUGGCGAUGUCGAAAACAGACCGGUUGAUAAUGUCAUGCCUAGUCUAUCGGUCGACCGUGCACUUGAGGUUCGCUCUCAGACUGGAUACGUUGGCCUGCAGAACCCUCGCGCUAUCUGCUAUAUGAACUCUUUACUGGCUCAGUUGUUCAUGAACCUCAACUUCAGACAAUUCAUGCUCAGUCUUGAGGUAAAAGAGGGCGAUGGCUCCCAACGUCUUCUAUUGGAGACUCAGAGGCUCUUUGCCACGAUGCAGAAUUCGUAUCGCAGAGCCGCUGACCCACGACCUUUCGCUGCGUGCGUCAUGACGUUAGACAAAACGCCAAUCGAUAUUGGGGUACAGAUGGAUGCUGACGAGUUCUACAACCUACUAUUUGAUCAAUGGGAAGCACAGCUUGUGAACGAACAGGAUAAGCGCCGGUUCCGCAACUUCUACGGUGGGCAGAUGCUCCAGCAAGUAAAGUCGAAGGAAUGCGAGCAUGUCUCCGAGCGCGCAGACUCGUUCUUCGCUUUACAAUGCGACGUGCAAGGCAAAGCUACCUUGCAAGAGAGUCUCCAAGCCUUUGUUCAGGGCGACGUCAUGGAAGGCGACAACAAGUACAAGUGCGAAUCUUGUGGCGGCAAAUUCGUGGACGCUGUGAAGCGGACCUGCCUCAAAUCUGCGCCCGACAACCUGAUCUUUCACCUGAAGCGGUUCGACUUCGAUCUGACCGAUUUCAGCCGGAAGAAGGUUCACGACAAUUUCGACUUCCCAGAGACAAUCGACGUUGGUCUUUACAACGUUGAGCACCUCAGUGAUCCUUCGAAGCCACACACAGAGGACCUGUUUGAUCUUGUUGGUGUUGUCGUCCAUUACGGCAAUUGCGAGAACGGCCAUUACUACUCUUACAUCCGGAAGCGACCAUGUCCGACCAGCAAUGCCUCACCUACCUGGCUCAACUUCAAUGACUACGAAGUUGACCCCUUCAAUCCAGCCGAGAUCCCGCAGAAGACUUUUGGUGGAAUGGCCGAGGAUCCUUACUCGCAUCAGUUCAAGAUGUACUCGGCUUACAUGCUGUUCUACCAGCGAAGGUCCGCCAUCGCGCAAGACCAACAGCAAUGGACUAUAUCGUCGCAGAGACAACCACCACAGGUUGAGGUCCCUCAAUCCAUCAAAAACGAUGUUGACCUCAAGAACGAGAUGUUCGUUCGAGAAUACUGUCUUUUUGAUCCAUAUCAUUCGGCUUUCGUACGCCAAUUACACGGUGCGUCGCGGAGGAUCAACAACGGCAGUUGCUCUGAAGAUCACGACCAUGAGAUGCACGCUCUUGACAUCUUCCUUGCACACCUUGGACGUGUUGCCUGGCGACAGCAGACGACUGAUAUAUUCGAAGAGGCCAUGGUACAUCUCCACCGAUACAGUCUCUCAUGCGAAGGCUGCUGCAAAGCCACUCUUCAGUGGCUGGCACGAGAUGACGAGGUGCUCUUCAACCUUCUCCUGCGGUGCCCACACCCGACCGUUAGAUCACAGACUCGAUCAUUUCUGAUCGACUGUCUCAAGUUUCUUCGCGGCAAGGACUCGUAUCUGUGUGACACAGCCACUGACAGCGACAUGGUCUUGGAUGUAGAUGGCGAUACCGGUGUUCUUGUCCUGAUCACGAAACGACUGACAGAUCUCGCUGAAAGCUCAGUGAAGGGAACCAGAGGAUGGGAUGAUCUGUAUCUGACCUUGACUCAAAUUGCCGAGAUGGGUAUGGAUGAGACAGUGGCGUUGCUGGAUAGAGACCUCCUCGCUUUCUGCCUUCGGCUAUUCUGUCUGCAGGCCAGCCCCAGGGUCGCUGACGGAUACGAUGACUUCCAUCGGGUCUUCCAGAAGAGAACGAAGAUCUAUAACCGGCUCAUAGGGUUCGUGGCGACCAUUCUCUCGCACAUGGAUAUCAACUUGCCGUCGUGCGACACGUCGCAGCGGACGAGUGCGCUCAAUAGCGAGUGCACAGAGAUGCCACUGACCCCAGAGGAGAAAGGUCUGCUGCUGUAUUGGCACCGUGAGAACCGGGCAUACGCAGUUGUCGACAAGAUGGUCGAGGUGUUCGAUCAAUCCAAGACGGAGAUGUUCUACCCGGGUGACAUCGUCAAGUGGAUGACCCGGUCGCUGGACAACCAGAUCCAGAGCAACAUCAGCACUAUGAUUCUUCAAGGGAUCAGUGAGCUCAACAAUCCUUACUGUGAUUCAUAUCUACGGAUUGCUUCGAGCUACUGCGAGGCGACCAGAACUGCGGAGGCCCUCAGCAAAGUGUGCGACACGGUGGUUGAAGCUGCUGACUCGGACGAGCCGACAGCGCCCAGUGGUCGUGAUGUGGUAGGCUUUUUUUGGGAUGUGCUCAAAUCAAGCAACCCACACAUCCCGGCAUCAGACGUGUACUGGUGUUUGAUGUCCAGAAGUCACAAGUUUGCCCAUGUGCUACUCGUGCACGCGGAUGAGGAGGUUCGCAAUGGUGCUUACGAGCUCAUCCGCGAGAUUUACAUCAAGUUCAUGGAGGAUCCUGCAUACCUGGACGAGGCGUACAACUGCGCGCGCAACACAAGCAGAGCGAUGAUGAAGAGAAUCGCAUACGAGUGCAGGGCAGGGAUGCCGCGCAGGCAGCUCGAGGCAUUGCUGCAGUUUGGCAAGUUCCUUACGACGCUGCUCUACGAGUUGGAUAAGAGCGAAGACGCAGAUCUAGCUGUAUUCAAAGACGCGGACGACAAAGCUCUGCUCCACCAGUGGCAGAUUGAAGUCGAAACGCAGGUCAGGAUGCUGCCGGAAGUGGGCCUGCUGAGCCCGGGCGAAGGGGCAUUCGAUGGGUCAGACUAUGGCAGUGAGUCUGAUGAAGUCGAGCUGCUUGGCCCGUGA